AUGCAAAUCAAUGAAUUCCAGCAAGAUACCAUUAAACCAAUCCAGGAAGCUCUCCAAAAGUAUGAUGCAGAGCUGAGAGACAUCAAUCAGAAGAUUUGGUCGAAACCAGAACUCGCAUGGAAAGAGCACAGCGCCCACGACAACAUUUGCAAUUUGUUCGAUACUUUUAUCUCACAAGGGUUUCAAGUGCGUCGGGGUGCCUAUGGGGUGGAAACUGCAUUCGAGGUUGAGUACUCCCACGGCACCGGUGGCCGUGUCGUGGCGUUCAAUGCAGAAUAUGAUGCACUACCGGGGAUCGGCCAUGCAUGUGGACACAACCUGAUUGCCACCAGCUCCAUUGCUGCUUUUCUUGCGACUUGUGACGCAUUGAAGGCCCGAUACCCUGAUGGUCCAGGAUAUACCGUACGACUUUUGGGCACUCCCGCUGAAGAAUCCGGGGGUGGAAAGGUGCGUUUGCUGGGAAAUGGAGCAUACAAGGACGUGGAUGCAUGUCUCAUGAUGCACCCGAUUCCCAUGUCUCCCGGUGAUCCAGAGCUGUUGAGUAUCGCAAGCGUGCUCCCUGGGGGGUAUUUGGCAAAUGAUAAAGUCCGAGUGACCUUCACUGGCAAGCCUGCUCAUGCGGCAGCGGCUCCUUGGGAGGGCAUCAACGCACUAGAUGCAGUCGUUGCUGCUUAUGUCAAUAUUUCUCUGCUCCGACAGCAAAUUAUGCCAUCCCAGAGGAUCCAUGGAGUUAUAUCGAACGGCGGAGACCGGCCAAACAUCAUCCCCAUGUCGGCAACCUUGGAUUAUUAUAUUCGAUCCGACACCGUCAAAACGCUAAAACCCUUGACUGCCAAGGUUAUCAAAUGCUUUGAGGCGGCAGCAACUGCGACUGGCUGCAAAGUAGAACUUGACUGGGGUGUCUCUUAUACAGAUCUCAAGGCUAAUGUGCCGAUCUGCGAAAGCUAUGUUUCCGCCAUGCGGGCAAUGGGACACAAAACCGCGUUUGACAAUACUGGAUUAGUUGGUCAGCUUACUGGAGCAUCAACAGAUAUGGGUACUUUGCCAAUACAUUGGGUCAUUAUGGAUAUUUCAGAAUUGUCAACUGACAGUUUUACAGGAAAUGUAUCUUACGCUGUUCCUGGCUUCCACGGUAUUUUCAGCAUCCCAGCCGAUGGGGUCAACCAUACACCGCAAUUCACCGCUGGUGCUGGCUCGCCCGAGGGGUUUCAGCGAAGUCUAUACUGUGCGGCAGGAAUGGCAGCUGUCGCUUGCAAGAUAUUAGUCGACAAUGGUUUUGCUGGGCUGGUUAAAAGGGAUUUCGAAAGGGAGGUAUAG